AUGGCUUUUGCCUCGUUUCUCGCAUUUUCCUUUGCAGCUCUAUGUGCGCUGGUCCCGCCGUCGCCCCGCUGGUUGCUCGCCAAAGGCCGCGUCAAGGAAGCACGAGCGGUCGUAGGACAGCUGGGUCUUGACCCCGAGGAGCAGGAGGAACUGCUUGCUCAGUCAUCUUCUGGCCUAGAGCAUGCCGUUGACGUCUCGCUCGUCGAGUCCCUAAAGCAGACAUUUGCAGAAUUUGGGGAGGCAUUCUCACCCCCUUUUCGUGCACGGACUGCUUUCGGGUGCUUUAUCAUGGCAUUCCAGCAGCUCGCGGGCAUCGAUGGCGUGCUGUAUUACGCCCCCAUUCUGUUCCGUGAGGCCGGCCUGAGCUCAGAGAAGGCAACUUUCCUGGCGUCGGGUCUCGCAAACUACAUUGUAGCGUUGACUACCCCUGUGCUGAUCGCAAAGUCAACCUUCGGCGCUUACUACUUCUUCGCAUUCUCAACCUUGCUUUGCACGGUGAUGAUUGCAAUGUUCAUGUACGAGACAAAGGGACACAGCCUCGAGCUUAUUGAGCAAAGGUAUUUGGAGAAUAGGGCCAAGGCGACAGGCAGGUGGGCUGUGGAAGGGUUCAGAUUGAGAAGACUGAGAGUUACCACCGAAACUUAA